UUUUAAAAGUGCCAUCUUCCGUCAAGUUAUCGAACUAGACACGCCCACUUCACACGUAAACAGACGGCCACGCAAUCGAAGCCUUCCCAUCUUCCGACUCUUCGAUUUGUCUGAGUUUUUAAGCAUCAAUAACAAGAUGGACGUGUCACAACUGAGCCGAUACGUGUCGCCAGUCAACCCGGCCGUCUUCCCACAUCUGACGUGCGUGCUGAUGGGCAUAGGAAUUUUCUUCACCGCCUGGUUCUUCGUCUACGAGGUAACCAGCAACAAACUUAGCCGAUACAUUUUCAAAGAGCUGCUCAUCGCACUGGUGGCUUCGAUCUUUCUCGGCAGCGGAAUCGUUUUUUUGGCCUUGUGGGUCGGCAUUUAUGUCUGAUACAAUUUCUCCGGCCAAAGGUGAAAAAUUGGUGGUGCACGAGAAGAAUGCAUGAGAUCGAUUGACCAUUCCAAGUUUGUGUGUGAAAGCAAGAUAUUAUAUCCGAGAGCAAGAGGGAAUGUUUUUUUUCACGUUGUAAAACUUCGUAUACUUGAUUUUGUCAAUUACAUUACAUGAAUACCUGUUUUUUUCCGAAAUGGUCAUCACACCAGGAAAAUUGCUGCCAGCAAUUUUGCCAUCAUGGGGGAUAAUCUAGUUGUAAAAUUUGUGAAAUAAACGCUGCACUGUUUUAGUCAA